AUGGACACGCCGGGUAGCUACCAUCCCAGUGACAAGAGCGACGCUGACUCGGGCAGGUCUUCUACAUCGAUCGAGCCGCUCAUCGGCGUCACCAGCAAGGUACGGCUGAAAGUCACAUUGCUCCGAAGCGUAGUGCCACCUUGUGGCGCCCUCCGGGGUUUCGCGGAGAAAAGGGAAUGGGCGCUGCAGCAGCUAAAGGAUACCACCAACGAUGAGCGAGCCGCGGACGCCAAGUGCGUUCUGCGGUUUAGUAAAACUCUUUUUUUGCAUUUUCUUGCAGGUGACCCCUGUCCGCAGCCGCAGCAGAUAAACAGCUCCGUGCUGGAGCCCUGCAUGAUCUUGGAUGGCUGGGACUACUUCAGGGGCAACGAAGUGGCAUACAUCUAUUCCUGUCUCAUUCUGGCCUUCAUACCGAUAAUAUGUGCAGGGCUUGGUUAUGGUGUCAUAAAGCUCCAAAACAAGAGACGACGGAUCAUCAAGGCCAAGAAAGAGAUGGCAAUCGGCAAAAAGUACGACAAAUUAUAUGUCAAAGAAUGGCUGCACCAGAACCACAAGCGGUUUGUCAAGGUCAAGAUUGGACCAGAUGAGUCUCUAUCCACAGUGAAUCGAAAGGGGGAAAUCCUACGGAAAGUUGAUUUCAAGUCUGUCUCAGCCCUUGUAGUAGAGGUCACCACAGACAUGGCGAAGAAGCCCAUGUGUCUUGUGCGAUCACCGAGAGACCAUGAUCUGGUUCUUCAGUUCGACAGCGUCCACUCUCGUAAAAAGUUCCUGAAUAAACUGGAAAGCUUCCUGGUGAACCGGAAGAAAACACUGGAGAGCAUCAACACUACUCGUGACACGAUGCUAGCCAACGCCGAAACAAAGGAGAAGCGCCAAAAGCGACUCGAGCACUUCUUCCGAGAAGCAUACGCACUCACGUUCGGAUUAAAGCCAGGUGAGAAGAGGAAGCUCGAGGAAGUUGGCAACGACGUCAUCAUGGUCAUGCGAACGUCACUGUCAAAGCAAGAGUUCGCCGAGGCCCUCGGUAUGAAGCCAGACUCUCUCUUCGUAAAGCAAAUGUUCAACUGUGUCGACAAGGACAAGGAUGGCCGGAUAAGCGUCCAAGAGUUCCUGGACACGGUGGUGCUCUUCACAAGAGGUAAGAGCGACGACAAACUCCGCAUCAUCUUUGACAUGUGCGACAACCACGGUGACGGAAUGAUCCAAAAGCAGGAGCUGACACGCAUGCUGCGCUCUCUUGUGGACAUCGCGAAGACCAACUCUCUCAGUGAGUACGAGACGAGCGACAUCAUCAGAGGCAUGUACGCCUCGGCGGGCCUCGACAACUGCGACUCGCUCAGUUACGAGGACUUCAAGAAGAUGAUGAAAGAGCAUCGUGGUGACGUCAUCGCCAUUGGCCUAGACUGCAAAGGUUAGUUGCUCACCUGUUGA